AUGGGUCAAUCACGACGCCCGCAAGGCGGGGAAAAGAAGAGUCGGUUUGGCCGCUCUAAAGGAGCCGCCGAUAUUGGCGAUGGCCGCCAAUCCGGCAAGCCGCAGGUCAAAAAGGCCACCUUUGAGACUUCUAAGAAGAAGGAGAUCGGAGUUUCGGACUUGACACUGUUGAGCAAGAUCUCCAAUGAGGCGAUCAACGAUAACCUGAAAAUGCGAUUCGAGCAUGGCGAGAUUUAUACCUAUAUCGGCCACGUCUUGGUCUCGGUCAAUCCGUUCCAAGAUCUGGGUAUUUACACCGAUAAAGUGCUCGAUUCCUACCGCGGCAAGAACCGUCUCGAAGUUCCCCCCCACGUAUUCGGAGUCGCGGAGUCGGCGUACUACAACAUGAAGUCCUACAAGGACAACCAAUGUGUUAUUAUUUCGGGAGAGUCAGGUGCUGGAAAGACCGAGGCCGCUAAGCGGAUCAUGCAAUAUAUCGCCAGCGUCUCCGGAGGCGGCGACUCGUCAAUUCAGCAGACAAAGGACAUGGUGCUAGCAACGAACCCUCUGCUGGAGUCGUUCGGCAAUGCGAAAACCUUGCGCAACAACAACUCAUCUCGUUUUGGUAAAUACCUCGAACUCGAGUUCAAUGCCAACGGCGAGCCUGUCGGAGCCAACAUUACAAACUACUUGCUGGAGAAAUCGCGAGUAGUUGGUCAGAUCGCCAACGAACGAAACUUCCACAUUUUCUACCAAUUCACCAAGGGCGCACCUCAAAAGUACCGAGAUAGCUUCGGUAUCCAGCAGCCGCAAUCCUACCUCUACACGAGCCGAUCGAAGUGUUUCGAUGUCGCGGGAAUCGACGAUUUGGCUGAGUUCAAGGACACAUUGGAUGCGAUGCAGAUGAUUGGCAUGAGUGAGGCGGAGCAGGACAAUGUUUUCCGCAUGCUAGCGGCGAUUUUGUGGAUUGGCAACGUUCAAUUCACUGAAGAUGACUCCGGCAAUGCAUCUAUCACGGAUCAGUCCGUGGUAGACUUUGUCGCAUAUCUUAUGGAGGUCGAUGCUGCACAAGUGAACAAGGCUUUGACUAUUCGUCUGAUGGAGACCGCGCGCGGAGGCCGCAGAGGUUCUGUCUACGAAGUUCCGCUUAACACCGUGCAAGCGAUGGCUGUUCGGGAUGCUUUGGCAAAGGCGAUUUACUUCAAUCUCUUUGACUGGAUUGUGGCUCGUGUGAACCAGUCUUUGACUGCUCGUGGGUCGGUGACCAACUCCAUUGGUAUUCUGGAUAUUUACGGAUUCGAGAUUUUCGAGAAGAACUCAUUCGAACAGCUCUGCAUUAAUUAUGUCAAUGAGAAGCUGCAGCAAAUUUUCAUCCAGUUGACCCUGAAAGCAGAGCAAGACGAAUAUGCUCGCGAAGAGAUUAAGUGGACCCCCAUCAAGUACUUUGAUAAUAAGGUGGUGUGUUCUUUGAUCGAGGAUAAGCGACCUCCUGGUGUCUUCGCUGCGCUGAAUGAUGCCUGCGCAACGGCCCACGCCGAUUCCGGUGCUGCAGAUAACACAUUCGUUGGUCGUUUGAACUUCCUUUCUCAGAACCCCAACUUUGAGGGUCGCCAAGGCCAGUUCAUUAUCAAGCAUUACGCUGGUGAUGUGAGCUACGCCGUUGAGGGCAUGACCGACAAGAACAAGGACCAGUUGUUGAAGGAUCUUCUGAAUCUGGCUGGAUCUAGCAGCAACCAGUUUGUCCACGACCUCUUCCCGAACCAGGUGAACCAGGAUGACAAGCGUCGCCCUCCUACCGCAGGUGACAAGAUCAAGGCCUCGGCCAACGACCUUGUUGCUACGCUGAUGAAGGCGCAGCCCUCUUAUAUCCGAACUAUUAAACCAAACGACAACAAGGCCCCAAAGGAAUACAAUGUCGGCAAUGUGCUGCAUCAAAUUAAAUAUCUUGGUCUCCAGGAGAACGUGCGCAUUCGCCGCGCUGGUUUUGCCUACCGUCAGACUUUUGACAAAUUUGUCGAGCGAUUUUACCUGUUGUCUCCCAAAACAUCAUACGCUGGUGACUACACAUGGACAGGUGAUGCGGAAUCCGGUGCGAAGCAGAUCUUGAAGGAUACCAGUAUCCCUGCAGAGGAGUACCAGAUGGGUAUCUCGAAGGUAUUUGUGAAGACACCCGAGACCCUCUUUGCCCUCGAAGCCAUGCGUGAUCGCUACUGGCACAACAUGGCCAUUCGCAUCCAGCGUGCUUGGCGUAACUACCUUCGCUACCGUAUCGAGUGCGCCAUCCGUAUUCAACGGUUCUGGCGCCGUAUGACUGGUGGCUUAGAGUUCAUCAAAGUACGUGACCAGGGACAUAAGAUUCUCCAAGGUCGCAAGGAGCGCCGAAGAAUGAGUCUUCUUGGCUCUCGUCGCUUCCUUGGCGACUACCUUGGUGUCGGUAACAACGGUGGCCCUGGUGAGAUGAUCCGCAGCGGUGGCAACAUCAACAGCUCAGAAGAGGUCCUCUUCUCUUGCCGAGGAGAAGUACUUGUGUCCAAAUUUGGUCGCUCUAGUAAACCAGCUCCUCGCAUUAUUGUGUUGACAAAUCGACACGUGUACAUUGUGGCCCAGGGCAUCGUCAACAACCAGCUUGUUAUUUCGUCUGAACGCACUGUUCCAAUUGGGGCCAUCAAAGCGGUCAGCACCUCCAACCUGAAGGAUGACUGGUUCUCCCUGGUGAUUGGGGCUCAAGAGCCAGACCCAUUGGUGAACUGUGUUUUCAAAACAGAGUUCUUCACUCACCUGAACACUGCUUUGCGCGGAUCCCUGAAUCUUAAGAUUGGGGAGAGCAUUGAAUACAACAAGAAGCCUGGCAAGUUGGCUAUGGUUAAGACCGUUAAAGACCCCGGGUCUAGCAAUAUCGACAGCUACAAGAGUAGCACGAUCCACACCACUGCGGGUGAGCCAGCCAAUUCUGUAUCCAAGCCUACCCCUCGGCCGAAGCCUGUUGCUGCUCGGCCAGUCACUAAGGGCAAACUUCUCCGUCCUGGUGGCCCCGGAGGUGGUCAAUCAAAGCUUUCUGCUGCUGCACGUAGACCUGCACCUGCUGCACAGCCUUUGCCUCAAUCAACACCCAGACCCACCCCUGCUGCUGCGCCAGCAGAACAAGCCCGUGUUGUCCCAGUCCCGGUCCCAGUCCCUCAGCCCGUUGCUGCGACUCGGGCUUCGCAUUCUCACACCUCGUCUACGGGCUCUGCAAGAGCUCCUCCCCCACCCCCUCCAACCGCACCCCCUGCCUCGAAGAAACCCACCGCGAAGGUCUUGUACGACUUUAACAGCGACCGUGCAAAUGAAUUGUCUAUCAAGACUGGCGAUAUUGUGGAGAUUGUAUCAAAGGAAGGAAAUGUCGCCCCUCGCGCAACCCCCAGCCCCGUUCCGAACGGAGCCGUGGCCGCUGCGAAGAGCAAACCCGCUCCACCCGCUCCCCCUGCCAAGCGACCCAACAUGGCAGGUCGGAAACCCGCUCCUCCCCCCGCUCCCCGUGACAGUGCCGUAAGCAUGAAUUCAGGCGACUCGUCCGGUGCAAGUGGCCGCGGUACACCGAAUAGCACCUCCAACGCCAGUCUGGCUGGUGGUCUAGCCGAGGCACUGCGUGCUCGACAGAAUGCUAUGCAGGGUAAGCAGGAUGAUGACGACUGGUAG